GAGUCAUUUUAGGCACUGAGAAAUGCUCUUGCAGUGGUCCAGAUAAGAGUUGAUGGUAGCUUAGAUUAGACUGGUAGAAGUGGUAAGUGGUAGGACUCAGGCUUGCUUAAGAGUAGAACAGGAUUCACUUAUAGACUGGACAUAGGUGGUGAGAGAGAGAGGAGAAUCAAGGAUUACUCCUAGUAGUUGGGGAAGGCUUUGUCCCAGUGGGUGAGUGGAAUGAGGUUUGGGAAUGAGGUUCAAGAGUUCUUUUUUUGGCUCUUGAUGUUAUGAAUAUAGCUCUAGAGGUUAGGUAACCUGUAAAGGUGUGGAUUAGGCAGUUGGAUGUAUGAAGCUGAGGCUCUAAGGAAUUGGUCUGAGAGAGAAAAAUUGAGAGUCAUCAUCAAAGAGAUGGCACAGAAGCUGUGGGCUUGGAGGUCUCUCUUUUUAUUGAUUCCAGGAGUGAAUUCCAAGAAGAAACAAAUGUGUUUUGACUGGGGUCCAGGGGAGAUGCUGGUGUGUGAAACCUCCUUCAACAAAAAAGAAAAAUCAGAGAUGGUGCCAGGCUGCCCCUUUAUCUAUAUCAUCCGGAAGGAUGUAGAUGUUUACUCUCAAAUCUUGAGAAAACUCUUUAAUGAAUCCCAUGGAAUCUUUGUGGGCCUCCAGAAAAUUGAAGAAGAAUUGACUGGAAAAUCCAGAAAAGCUCAAUUGGUUCGAGUGAGUAAAAACUACCGAUCAGUCAUAAGAGCGUGUAUGGAGGAAAUGCACCAGGUUGCAAUUGCUGCUAAAGAUCUAGCCAGUGGCCGCCAGUUCAGCACCCAGGUCUCCAUUUUGUCAGCAAUGGAGCUCAUUUGGAAUCUUUGUGAGAUUCUUUUUAUUGAAGUAGCCCCAGCUGGCCCUCUCCUUCUUCACCUCCUUGACUGGGUCCGACUGCACGUAUGUGAGGUGGACAGUUUGUUGGCAGAUGUUCUGGGCAGUGAGAAUCCAAGCAAACAUGAGAGCUUCUGGAACUUGGUGACCAUCUUGGUGCUGCAGGGCCGGCUGGACGAGGCCCGACAGAUGCUCUCCAAGGAAGCUGACGCCAGUCCCACCUCUGCAGGCAUGUGCCGAAUCCUGGGGGACCUGAUGAGGACGAUGCCUGUUCUCAGUCCUGGUAGCACUCAGACACUAACAGAACUGGAGCUGAAGUGGCAGCACUGGCACGAGGAAUGUGAGCGGCACCUUCAGGACGGCACGUUCGCCUCCAGUCCUCACCUGGAGUCUCUCUGCAAGAUCAUGCUGGGAGACGAAGCUGCCUUGUUGGAGCAGAAGGAGCUUCUGAGUAACUGGUAUCAUUUCCUAGUGACCCGGCUCUUGUACUCUCAUCCCACAGUAAAACCCAUUGAUUUGCACUUCUAUGCCCAGUCCAGCCUUGACCUGUUUCUGGGAGGUGAAAGCAGCCCAGAACCCUUGGACAACAUCUUGAUGGCAGCCUUCGAGUUUGACAUCCACCAAGUGAUCAAGGAGUGCAGCAUUGCCCUAAGCAACUGGUGGUUUGUGGCCCAUCUGACAGACCUGCUGGACCACUGCAAACUCCUCCAGUCACACAACCUCUACUUUGGAUCCAACAUGAGAGAGUUCCUCCUGCUGGAAUAUGCCUCGGGACUGUUUGCUCAUCACAGCCUGUGGCAGCUGGGGGUGGAUUACUUUGACUACUGCCCUGAGCUGGGCCGAGUUUCCUUGGAGCUGCACAUUGAGCGGAUCCCUCUGAGCACUGAGCAGAAAGCCCUCAAGGUGCUGCGGAUUUGUGAGCAGCGACAGAUGACUGAGCAAGUUCGCAGCAUUUGUAAAAUCUUAGCCAUGAAAGCUGUCCGAAACAAUCGCCUGGGCUCUGCCCUCUCUUGGAGCAUUCGAGCCAAAGAUGCCGCCUUUGCCACGCUGGUGUCAGACAGGUUCCUCAGGGAUUACUGUGAGCGAGGCUGCUUUUCCGACUUGGAUCUCAUUGACAACCUGGGGCCAGCUAUGAUGCUCAGUGAUCGACUGACGUUCCUGGGGAAGUACCGUGAGUUCCACCGAUUAUAUGGGGAGAAGCGUUUUGUUGAUGCUGCUUCUCUUCUCCUGUCAUUGAUGACUUCUCAGAUUGCCCCACAGUCUUUCUGGAUGACACUACUAACAGAUGCGCUGCCCCUUUUGGAACAGAAACAGGUGAUUUUUUCAGCAGAGCAAACGUAUGAGCUGAUGAGAUGCCUGGAGGACUUGACCUCAGGAAUGCCAGUGCGUGGAGAGCCUGAUGCCCAGCGACUCCAGGAUGAUGACAUAGAGACCACCAAGGUGGAAAUGCUGAGACUUGCUCUUGCACGAAAUCUUGCUCGGGCAAUUAUAAAAGAAGGCUCAUUGGAAGGUUCCUGAGGCCAGCUGAGAGCUGCUCCAGCGUGGUAUCUUUCUAUGGCAAUGUAUAUAAAUUUUUAAAAGAAUAAAUGUUUCCUUUUACAAAUAUA